AUGGACAAUCGCGACCACUGCUUGCAUUUGAUCCAGUCUUGCGGCAAUCUCUCCGCGGCGCUAGAUCUCCACCAGCGAUUGAUCCAAUCCAGCUUGUAUCGCGACGACGAUGUCUACCUCCUCAACAAGCUCAUCGAGAUGUACGCUGCCUGUGGCAGCGUGGAGCACGCCCGGAGCGUCUUCGAUGAGAUUCCCACGAAGAAUGCCUUCUCCUGGGAUCUCCUCCUCCUCGCCUAUGCCCGGAAUGGGCAUAUCAAGCAAGCGCAGCGCAUUUUCGACGCAAUGCCACACAGGAAUCGAAUCUCUUGCACUGUUCUUCUCGACGCCUAUGCCCGGGAGGGCGAUCUUUCCCAAGCCAAGAAGAUUUUUGAUUCGAUUCCAGAGAAGGAUUUGGUUUCCUGUAAUGCCAUGAUCUCGGGAUAUGCCCAGAACGGGUAUCUGGAGGAAUCUAGGCUGUUGUUUGGUUCCAUGCCGCAGAGAGACAUUGUUUCAUGGACUUGCAUGAUUUACGCUUAUUCCCAGUGCGGUAAUUUUCAGGAAGCUAAGAACUCGUUUAACUAUAUGCCAGAAUACAACUUGGUAUCCUUGAAUGCAAUGUUGUCUGCAUAUGCCAAUGGCGGGCAUCUUGGUGACACGAAGCGAUUCUUUGCACGUAUGCCGGCGACGAAUCUAUUGUCUUGGAACUCGCUGCUGCAUGCAUACGUGAAUGGUGGCAGCGAAGUUCAAGCUUGCAAAGUCUUUGAAUCGAUGCCGGAACAGGACAUUGUUUCAUGGACUACCUUGUUGAGCGUAUACUCCCGCACUGGGAAUAAGCUGGAGGCUGAAACUCUCUACAACAAAAUGCCUCAUUGGGAUCUAGCUUCGUCCACAGAAAUGCUGAAUCUGUUCUCAUCCAAAGCUGAUUUUGAAGGCUUGCAAAGACUUCUAUCCCAGAUGCCCAUGCUUGAUCUUGCAACGUGGAGUUCCAUGCUUGUGGCUUAUGCCCGAAAGGGUCAUCUCGAGGAAGCUAAGUUCGUGUUUGAUUCGAUGCCUUUCAAGGAUCUAGUUUGCUGGAAUGCCUUACUCAGUGCAUAUGCACAGCAAGGAGAUUUAACCCAAUGCAAGGAUUUGUUCGAUCAAAUGGAGCGCAAAGAUGAAUUUUCAUGGACUACCCUGCUUGCUGCGUAUGCCCAGAAUGGAAACUUGCAACUAUCAAAGAGAUUGUUUGAUGAAAUGCCUGUGAGUGACACAGUGUCAUGGACAUCUAUGGUGGCUGCCUUUACGCAAAACGCAACACCUCGAGAUGCAUUGAGUACAUAUUACAAUGCAAACAUGGUUGAUAGAUGUAGCUCUUCUGUGUUCGCAUCGGUACUAAUCGCUUAUAGCGCUUUAGGAAAGCUGGAGAGUGUAUAUAGUUGCUUUAGAUCUUUAACUCUAGACUAUGGUGUGACACCCAGUUUUGAGCAUUUUAGUUGCAUGAUCGAUGUGCUAGCUCGUUCAUCUGAGCUUGAGCAAGCCAAAGACCUCAUACACAACAUGCCUUACACUCCACAUAUUCUAGAUUGGAGGUGUUUUCUUGCUGCUUGUAGAUACCAAAGUGAUAUUGGAUCCGCUGAAACAGCUGUUCAUCAUCUCAUCCAAUCUAAAAUGAAUGAUGGGUCAAGCUACAUUAUGUUUGCAAACAUGCUUGCAAAUUAA